AUGAGUGAAAAUGAUAAUAUCCCAGAUAUUUUAUUGACCAAUAAAUCAUGGGGGUCUUGUAAGUUUAGUUUUGAGAGGUUGAAAGAAAUAAGCAUUUGCCUUUCAAAUUUAAACAUAAAUAUCAAAUUACCAAUUUUUGAAAUACUUAUACAACAAGAAGAUUUACAAAAACCGUUUAGUCGCUAUAAAAGCAUAUUGUUAAAUUGUAUUUUGGACUGUAUUAGGCUUGCUCUGCCUAUUUCAACUGAUUUUUUUGAAAACGUAAAAUUAAAAAACGUUUUCAACUCACCGAACAAACAUAAAAGUAAUUUGAAACAAUCAAAUGCUGAAAUAAUAUCUGAGAUUAUUCUUUGUGGAUUGAUAGAGCACAUUAAAACUAUACUUGAGAAAUAUAAGACUAUUGACAGUAAAAUAAAUAGUUCAAAUAAAAGUUGGUCAAAAUACAUAUAUUCCAUUGAAAGAGCCACUGAAAAAAAUUCCAAGUUAUUAAUAUUUUUGAUAGAAAAUAUUCACGAAAGUAUAAGAAAAGAGCAAUUUCUUUUAAUUUUUACCAUGCUAUUGGAUCUAUUCGAGAAUUCUGUGAUUCAAAAUAAUAUUGAAAUGAUAAAUAUUUGCAAGUAUGCUAUUUCUAGUAUCCUUAGCUAUUCUGGUACUAUCAGUAUAAAAAAUGAACUGACGCUAAAUUUUCUUUUGAAACUUAUAAAUUUAUUCCAAUCAUCUAAAACUACGAAAAUUGCUGAUUUUUUCCCCCAUAUUAGUGGAAUAUUAUCAAAUGUGGGAGUAAGUGGGAUUUCAUAUAUUACUAAUACGAUUCUAACCGAAUCUAUUAGAUUUUUGAGGUAUAAGACAAAAUUUUCUUUUGAUUCUAAAGGUUUAAAGGGUAAAGGAAAUGAUUGGUGGAGAGAUGAUUCUGUGUUAGUUCCAGAUUUAUUAAGGAAAAGUAGAUAUGAGAAAGUUAAGGAUAUUCAAACGAUAAUAAUUGAUGUUAUUCACCUUUUAGGAAGUAUAAAUGAAGAAUAUAUUCAAUCAGUUAUCAGUCAGAUGAUUUGCGAACUUCAAGAGACCGAUGAUAUGCUUCGUUUUGAAACAGUAAAAAUGGUUACUAAAUUUAUUUUACUUGAUAUUAAAUCGGAAUAUGAUACCACUUUUCAAGGAUCUAAGAUAGAACAUCAAAUAAAUACAGAGAAAGAAAGUAAGCUAAAAAAUCAGCUCAUAGAAUUCUGGCUUUCAAGAUCAAAUGAUAGAGAGGAUGAUAUCAGAACAGAAGUUCUUGAAGGAGUUGUAGAAGCUGUGAAUAUUUUUUUGGAAAAGUCAGAAUUUGGAUAUUCUUGUGAGAAAUACAUUAAAUUUAUUAUUCAACAAAAAAAUAUUACUUGCCCUAACAUACGUGAAAAUAUGAUUAAAGCAGUUUCCGUUUGGCUUAAAAACAAAAAAAAACAACCAAAUUCAAAUAAAUUAAUAGAUGACAGCAUCCAAUAUUUAUUAAGGCACAUUUGCGAUAGAAAUAGAAAUAUUAGAAUUUAUUUAAUAAAACACUUAAAAGGAUAUAACGAAAUCCCAGAAUUAUCGAGAAACUUGUGGUUAUUAUGGUAUGUUUCAUUCAAACAAAGAGAUUUGCAAAUGAGAAUAAUUAUUGAGGAUAUCCUAAUUGAGAUUAAUCAAUUGGAAGCACUUGAAUUGUAUUCACCCAUUAAAAAAACUUCAGAAACUCUUUAUGGCGUAGAAAAAGCUGAAAAUAAAUCAAAUGCAACAAUAUACAAAAUAAUAAAGACUUUUAAUUAUCAAAGGUUAACAUUACUUAAAAGCUUUAGGUUAUUUUUUUGUUUGUUAUUUUUAGUUCAAUUUCACAAAAAUAAUAACUUAAGCAAAUAUCUUGAAUCAUUGAAAUUGGAAAUCACAACUCAAAUUGAACAUUUUUUUAUUGAAAAUGACAAAAAUUCAAAAAACAAUGCUAUACUAAUCGCAAAAAAUAUGCUUACACAAAUCCAAAACUCGUUGAUUUCAAAGGAUUGUUUUAUUAAAUGGGCAAUUAUACUCGGUAUGAACAUUUGGAACAAAGAUUCUCAAAUCGAAAAUCAAUCAAUUAUCGAAAGUUUAAUAGAAAAUGUAGGAUUAGAUCAAGUUGAAGAAUUUAAAAAGAUUAUUCGUUACUUGAGUAUAUUUAAAUUCAAUCCCGAGAAUGUUAAUUGUAAAGUAUUAUGCACCAUUUUUUCUCCUAAUUUCGAGAUUACAAAAGACAAAUUACUGACCGAAGAUUACACUGAAUCAUUUGUGGACGGUUUAGUUACUUUGAUCUUAAGAUUGCAAUUUAAAUAUAAAGUUAAUUUGGUAAACUAUAUUUUGAGCAAUCCAGAGCUUAAUAAUUUGAGUGGUGAAGAGAUUGUAAAACUGAUAAAUGGUGCAAUUAACAUCUUCAAUCAACAAGAAAUAUUCAAAGUAUAUGAAAAUUUUUAUUUUAGCUCAAAAAAUAUUUUCAGAAAAAAACUUACGAGAUAUCUAAGAGAAAUAAAUUCCAUGUCAGAUGAAAUGAAUGAAGUCUUUAAUAGAUCAUCUGCCAAUAACUGUUUUAUUUGUGAUAAUUAUCAAGGAAAUCAUUUUAUUGCUGAAGUAAUUCCCGAAAAUGAGAUGAAAAUUGUAGUCAAGGAUACAAUAUAUCAAAUAUUUCCGAAAAUUUCUAUUUCAAGUAUUUUUUGCAGUUAUUCAGAUUUCCAAACUUACCUCGAUUCAAAUAUCUCAAGAAAGAAAUAUAAACAUUUAAAUACAGAAAAGAAUUGGGAAAUAUUUAUUUUACGUCUACAAGCAGAAAAAAUAGCACAAUACGAAUCCUUAGAAACGAACGAUGCCGACCAAAUAUUAAAUAAAUUGAUUUGUCUUAUUGAGGAAACUCUAAUGAAUUCAGAGUUUAAAGAUGAUCGGUAUAUUUUAUUAACAAAGCUGAUUGGAAUAGGAUGUUUAUUGUUUUUCAAAAUAAAAACUGUAGACGAAACAUUAUUCAGUAAAUUCUUUGAUAUUUAUUACAAUUUCAAUAAAUUAUAUAAACCAAAUAUGGAAUUUAACUUAAAUAAGCCGUCCUCCACACGUUUAUACUCUGAAAACAAAUUAUUUUACAUUUAUUUUACACAUAAAAUUGAACCUAGUUCACAUGGAUCUAUUGGAGUUAAUUUGUCCUCAUUUGAGGAAAAUAUAUUUGUAUUCAAUUUGUAUUUUUAUUUCGAACUAACCAAUUAUAUUUGUCUUUCAGAAUUAAAGAAUUUUUUCAGAAAAAACCACCUAAGGUUAUUCGAAUUGUGUCAAGAAUUUUGUAAUAAUAGGCCGGAUUGUUUAUUAUUACUAAUGAAUUCACGAAUUUUAAAUCCAGAUAAAAAUGAAAAUAUACAUAACAUCCUGUCAACCGCAUUGGGAAGAUCAUUGGGAAUAUCUUUCAUACCCAUAUUAAGCCAAAAACUCAGCGAAGAGCUGGAAUCUCAAACAAAUUUUAAAGAAAUAGAGAAAACUAUUGAAAGAACUAUAAACAUAUUUUUUGGUUCAGUAAUAUAUUCAAAAAUGAUUAAAUAUGAUCAGUUGUAUUGUAUACUUGAUUGCAUUAUUUCUGUUUUUCUUUAUUAUACAUCCAAAAUAAAUCAUUUCAAUUUGGAAUCAAUUAAUUGCUCUAUACAUUAUUUUGUAAAAAUUAUUUAUGACCAACUAUUUGAGAAGUUAAAAAAUAAUAAAAAUGUUUCAGAGCAACUCAAAACUAUAGGAAUUUAUUGUACCGAACUUCUUGAAGAGAUAGGUUUGAAAUAUAAUUGUUUGCCAGAUAAUGAAAACAACUCUGAAAUUAAUGAUUUCCAAAUCUCUGAUAUUUGCAAGGGGGUUCAAUUUCAUAUUUCAUAUUUUUUUGCAAGUAAUGACGACAAAGAAGUGUUUACCCAAGAAAAUACAGAUACAUUUGGCAACUGGAACUACAUAAAAAGUACACGCAAAUUUAAAAUACCAUCGUAUCUAUUUUCUAGAGUAGAAACGAAAUCCAAAAUUGACAAUAAAUUCAAUUUUAAAUGGAAUAUCCCCAAAAAAAAUCAGUGUAGAACAAUUCAAGGUAAAGAAAUUAGAAAAAUAUUUCCCAAUAAAGUCAGAAAACUAGCUGAUUCAAAUAUAAGAAUAGAUUAUAGGAAUUACAAUGAUCAAAAUUUGGUAAGAAAUGACGAUAAAUAUGACUCAGAUUCUUCAAACCUUUCCGAAAACAGUGGAGACGAAAACUGGAUUGGAAAUGUAUCAUUCAAAAUUGGAACUCUAAAAGAACUUCGAAGGUCAAACCGUCUUAAAUCACACUAA